AUGUCCAGGUUCAGGAGGCUCAUCUCAACGCGGCGUCAGCGGUAUCCAGCUGAAGAAAGGGAUUCCGACAGCGAUGAUAGCACCGCAUCUGGUCACGCGAACUUCAAAGAAGUGCAAAAAGAUUCCUGGCCUGCAAGCAGGCGCCCCCACAACAGAAGCCGGCCGCCGACCCCAGGUGCAACUAGCAAACCACAGAGCCUACUUAAUGUCUCAGACCCUCAACCGCCCCUACCUGGUGACACGCCGCGGUCUUCAACUAGCUCAGCAUUCAGUUAUGAAAGAAGCGGCACUGCCGGAUCGAGGAGCCCUUUUCUUUGUUCCACCCCAUCGAAACAUGCCAGUGAGCUCUCGCUACAGCUCUCGAGCGCUACGAGCUAUGACGAGGACGACGAGCCCACACCAUUAGCCAGAGACAACGACAAAUUCCCGAGGUCGAGGUCGUUGAGCAAUAGCACAAGACUGCCAAGGUUGCGACCCGACUUUAUGGAUGCAUUGUCUCAACGGCCCGCGGACAAAGCGACUGGGACAUAUCAUCAGCAUCUUCAUGAUGAAUGCGCCACUUCGCCUGGCUUCUUGAAAAGAGUUGAAAAGCUGAGCCAAGAAGCAGAUGCGGCCUUCAAACCCGGCCGCUCUUUUUCUCAAGUAGACGUUACACGCAGGUCUUUUAAUGAAACUCCAAGACUGCCUCCUCUAUAUACGGGACCAUCAGUGCAACGGCCAGCUUUAAAACCGAUACUCAAGAAAACACGUGAGACCCUGCCGCCGCAGUCUCCCACGUUACCUGUUAGUUUUCCGAGACGGACUUCGUCUCUGCAAAUUCCCAAGCGGCACAAGUCAGUAGCGUCGCGGCAGAUGAAGACUCAACGGAAAUCCGUUGCCGCAAAGAAUGCGGGAAAGAAGGAUUCAAAAUGGACAGAGAAUGUGACUGACUUGCUGAGCGGCAAGUUGUUCCAUAAAAUCGAGGCCGAUGAGAUGUUGACGCCGGCGCAAAUCGAAGCCUAUAAGCUGAAACGGCUAUCGAGGCUUCAAUUACAGGCCGCAAAGUCCGGUGAGACAUGGCCGCCUCCUCUUGACACCGAGUCGACCGAAACGCCAAUCGAACCUUUCCACUUGGACGACUUGCCUUUGAGGAUUGGCUCUUCGGGGGUAAAACUUACAGCGGAUACUCCGAUAGACGAGAAACCGGAUCCUGCAAUCUUCAACGAGGCAAUAAGACAAGAUUUCUCGCUACAUCGAAGGGACAAUGACGACGAGCUGUUCUUGGGCGAGGCACCGCACCGUAGACCCAGUGACCCGACCUCGAGUGCCAGCGAGGAUUUGAUAUCAGAAACUCCUCCACAACUGCCAAUGAAAAAUCCAAGCCGCUACAUGUUCCGCAAGAUCCCCGAGCUUCCUACAAUAUCAGAGACAGCUGUCCAAGAUGAUGAGCUAUUCCUCUCACGUGGCCUCAGUGGCAAUCAAAAAAGUACAGACGAUGAAAACUAUGUUUUCUUCCAAUCGACCCCUUUCACUAUGACAAUGCCCUCUUUCCGCCACGGCCCCAUACGAUUCGCCAGGUCUGACCUCUUCCCAGAGCCUCGAUUGGGGGGUGCUGAUGACGGGUUGGAUUGGACGGCCUUCCAGAUGGCCAUUUCCGGAGGAGCAGGAGACUUCUUCACGGACAGCGAGCACACUUUACGUCGGCAGGAGGCAGAAGACAUCGAAGCACUUCGUGACUGGUGGGAAGAGUGGGGGUUCGAAAACCUGGGAGGUCUGGUCACGCGCGAAGACGACCCGCCCAGCCCGAGCACCAUAUCGGGGAGUGAUUCAAACGAUUCCCUCUAUGAGGAGAUCGGGCGAGACAACCCAUACAGCCCACAUCAUAAAUGGCAACGCCUUCGACGUAAGGCGGCCAAGAAGGGUCGGCGACUUGAUCUUGACUUGUCAAACGGCAGCAAGCUGUACAAUGGCGGCACCAUUGAAAAGUGGAGGUCUGAUGGCCAUUCGAGCUAUGUAUUGCCGCGGGAGAGUCUGGUCAGCAUGCCACAAAGCCCAAUGCUCGACCUUCAAGUUAUUACAAGUGACAACGGCGAUGUCGACUACGUGCCCAUGGGAUACAACCUAAGCCACGACCUCGGCGACUUUCUAAGCUGGGAGGCUGAAAACGUGUACUCGGAUGGCUCCUUGUACGACGGGGGUGUCAUAUAA